UCAUCCAACCUUUGCCCCCACCUGGAAAUCUGUGGUUUGCUUUGUAGGACCUGAUGUUUAGGAGGCUGCAGACACUAAUUAAUCAUAAAGGAGACGAUUCUAAGGGCAAGCACUGGACUUCUGCUCGCAACCCUGUUCCUGACUCACAGAUUCUAUUUGUUUGCACAGCACUGCCCCAAGGAACAACAUAAAAGCAGUUCACAAAGAGACACAAAUUCUACUCAGCAUGAAAAUCCCAGCCAUCUGACGUAGAGGGAUUUAUAGGUUUAGUGGAAAUUGCUUUCCCAGCAUCCAGAUUAAAUACUGACUGGCAUUUUGUCUCUGAACUGGUAAACAUCCUUCUAAUAAUGAGAUGACCCAACAAUGUAUGAAGGCCCAGAUAGAUCUCAGUUUUAGGGCUUCACCCGUGGACUAAUUUUGGGCCAUAGGCUGCUAGGUAUCAUGCUGACUAACAGUAACGUUCAGACCUGCAUCUUUCUACUUCUUUGGGGAUGGACAAUGUCAACUGAGAGCAGAACCCAGCAGCGUGUGAAAGGCGUACCUGAGCUGUACAAACAGGGCAGUAGGCCACACAGACAGAGAAGGGAAGUGCAUCAGGAGUCACACAAGCAAGGCAGCCCUGUAUUUAAGAGAAGUCCCGACAUCACAAAGUCUCCACUCACAAAGUCAGAGCAGCUUCUCAGAAUAGAUGAUCACGACUUCACCAUGAGACCUGGAUUUGGGGGUCCUGCAAUACCAGUGGGCGUUGAUGUACAAGUGGAAAGUUUAGACAGUAUUUCAGAGGUUGAUAUGGACUUCACUAUGACAUUGUAUCUAAGACACUACUGGAAAGAUGAGCGCUUGUCCUUCCCCAGUUCCAACAAUCAGAGUAUGACGUUUGAUGGCCGGCUAGUGAAAAAGAUUUGGGUUCCCGACAUGUUCUUUGUUCAUUCCAAGAGAUCCUUUAUUCAUGAUACCACAACAGAUAAUAUUAUGCUGAGGGUUCAACCUGAUGGGAAAGUGCUGUACAGUCUCAGGGUGACAGUGACAGCAAUGUGCAAUAUGGAUUUUAGCCGUUUUCCUCUUGACACCCAGUCCUGCUCUUUAGAGAUUGAAAGCUAUGCAUACACAGAAGAUGAUCUUAUGCUAUAUUGGAAGAAUGGUAACGAAUCAUUAAAAACUGACGACAGAAUAUCAUUAUCACAAUUCCUUAUUCAGGAGUUUCACACGACUACAAGGCUUGCUUUCUAUAGCAGCACAGGAUGGUACAAUCGCCUGUACAUCAACUUUACAUUACGGCGCCACAUCUUCUUCUUUCUCCUACAAACAUACUUCCCAGCAACCCUGAUGGUGAUGCUCUCUUGGGUGUCUUUCUGGAUAGAUCGCAGGGCAGCUCCUGCCAGAGUUCCCUUAGGUAUAACCACGGUGUUGACUAUGUCUACCAUCAUAACGGGAGUAAAUGCCUCCAUGCCCAGAGUCUCAUACAUCAAAGCGGUGGACAUUUACUUGUGGGUUAGUUUUGUGUUUGUCUUCCUAUCGGUGCUGGAAUAUGCAGCCGUGAAUUAUUUGACCACUGUGCAAGAGAGAAAAGAAAGGAAAAUGCGGGAAAAGUAUCCUUGUACCUGUGGGGUUCCACAGCCACGCUCAAUGAUGGACAGCAGCUAUAGUGAUGGUGAGGUAAACAACCUUGGCAAUUAUGUGUCUGAAAAUGGAGAUAAGGAAGACAGAAUCAUGGUGCAGCUGGCGCUCAAUGCAGAAAGAAACUCAAACAGAAGGAAGAGUCAGCGGGCGUAUGUCAGCAUGCGCAUUGACACUCAUGCUAUUGACAAGUAUUCCAGAUUAAUAUUUCCUGCAUCAUACAUUCUGUUUAACCUCAUAUACUGGUGCAUUUUCUUGUAAGUAUUCUAAAAGACAAUAGCUGUGGGCAUUUUUGGAAUAAUGGUAUAUAUUACCCUGUGGUUCACCAUGUAUAAGUAGCAUGUAUGACACAAACUAGAAGAAUUCAUUUUGUGCUGCUUCAACCAUGCCGGCAGCAGCUGUGCUGCACUCUGUCUUCUUUAACUGAAUUUUACCUUUAUAUUUCAUAUAAGGUAUUUUAUAUUUAUAUAGUAGAUACGUGACAUAUUAUUGCUAAGUCAAAGAAACUUUCUGUGCACCAACAGAGCUGCAAUGCACAGCACCCUUUUUACAGUGCCACAGUCUGUUAUUUGCCCAACAGCUGCCUGCUCUGUGCUGUUUUGAUCAUCCCCUGCAAUCUAUAUUUUCAUGUCGCACCAACAUUAUAUGACCAGUUCUUGUAUGAAAUAAAAUAUUUAUCAAGUUACUGUCUUUACAGUCAUACUGUCAAGCUGUUCUAUCCAGCCAACCCCACCAAGGAAAAAAUGUCUGUUGUUGGGGGAGGGUAGAACGUACAAGACAAUAUAAACUCAUUUGUCCAAGAAUCCAUACAGAAUUAUGUCUCAAAUAUAUAAUGCUCAACAUCAAGGUACCAACAACAUAGCAUGAAAAUUUGCCACUCACACAUGUAUAUGGAAAAGUAUGGUAGGUAAUUAUAAAUCAGACAACACCUCACUAAAUUAGGUUGACUGCCCAUACAACUUUGAGG